GUCAUUGCAGGUACUGCAAGUGUGCGACCAUGAAGCUUACUGAUGUAGCUUUCAUUCUCAUUGUUUUUAAACUUUCCGUUUCAUGGUGUACAGCUGCUAAUGAUUGUGAUACAACUGUAACAGAAGCCAAUGAUUGUAUACUCGAAGAUGCAGAUUUCCCUAACGGUGAUUUUGAGAUGGGUGACAAAUACUGGGAGCAGAUUGCCCCAUUAGGAUAUGAAAUCAGCACGGAUAGUGCCUAUACUGGGGACCAAUCCAUGAAGGUUGAUAUGACAUACCCACUUCGAGGUGGCGCAACUACCACAAUUUAUUUUGAUCAUGACAAUGAACCAAAUCGAGUGUCUCUGCGAGCGUGCAGUAAAGCGGUAGAUGUUUCCACAGGAGGUGACUCCAGUGAACGCUACUGUCUAUCAUGUCAUACCACAAAUACCUUAGGUGUCAUAGAGGGACCAUUUUUAGCCAAUUUCACAGUAGGUACGCAUGAUUGGGAAGAGAAAGAGCUGAGUAUCAAGUCAAAAGGGGAUCACUGCAUCAGUAAGCUGGUUUGUGAAUGUCUUGUUAUGUUUCGGACAGGAACCAUUUACUUUGAUAGCAUAACUAUGAAGCAAGGCAAUUGUAAAGGAGAAGUUUAGAAAAACAAAUAUGGUCAUCAGUCUUGAAAGAUAGAGGGCGCUGUCCAUGAAAGU